CUGGUAACAGGCUGGCACCAGCUCCUCUGCUUCUCUCCUAAAUACUAACUGCGCAACAGAAGGAAAGGCAGGUUCUCAGGCAGAGCGGGACGGUGUUGCUCUCUCCGCUAACACACAGAAACAAUCUCGGCAGGAUGUCUGUCUCCGUGACCAGAGCUGAUGGGGUCACUGUGUUCACUUUGACCUCUAACCCCCAAAGUCCUUGCCCUCCACUGUGCCAAAUCCUCAAGGCCCUUUGCUACAACCCUGUGUGCUGCACUGUGUCUCAGCACCUUAGGAGGGUCCAGAGAAUGUCUCAGUCAGUACUAGGGGCUCUGCACAUUAUGGUUGGGUUGCUCAACAUUGGCCUCGGAGCGAUUCUCUGCUGCACUCGUGGCGGCUCUUGGUGGCAAAUGGACGAAACCUUGUUUCCUUUUUGGAUGGGAGCAUUGUUUAUGUUAUUUGGCAUCAUGUGCAUUUUGUCUGAGAAGUACCCCAGUCCAUGUGUGGUCAUCGUCAAUGUGAUUCUGAAUCUGGCAGCAGUUGCUUUUGCCAUUGCAGCCAUCAUACUCUACAGCAUUAAUCUGGCAAACAUAUGGCUGUGGUGGAUGUGUGACCAUGAGGAUUAUAACUACAGUUUCAGACAACAGGUGACACUAUCUCCUGAGGAGGCUGGCAUGCAGGAAAAAUGCAUGGAGGCCCGGGCACUGAGUCUGAUGCUCUUAAGAAGCAUCAAUGCUGUGCUGAUUGUCUUGUCAGCCCUGGAGCUCUGUGUCGCCAUCAGCUCAGCCACCAUGGGGAUCAAGGCUCUGAGGAGCAAGGAGAAGACAGAAAACGAGAGCACUGCUGAUCCAGAGCUCUACAAACCACUACUGGAGGAAGUCACCACCAAGUAAACCACACAGCCUGAGGGAAAAUCUCUGCUUAGCACUAUCAGGUACCAGGAACUGUAAUCCGUAGCAAAAUGCCAUUGACUGUAUGUACGUCAAUGAUGAACACUAAUUCAGCUGGUACCAUCUUUGCCAAACUUCUUAAAAAUAUUUGCACUUGUACUUCAGAGUAGAUGUUGUUAAUAAUCUGCACUUUGAACGCUGCUUUCCAUUUCAUUCUCUUUUUUUAAACUGUUCCCGUUGAUCACGAUCUUUUGAGUAAUGUGCCUUAUAUUCAAUGUGUUUGUUGUUGGAGGUUCAAGCAUGUGUGUGUAGCGCUGAUAGACAUACGGUUAUUUUACAGUGUUAAACCGUGUUGAAAAAUAAAGGCAUCAGAACUAUUGACAGUGA